AGAGAAGUAGUCGCCUCAAAUCUUGUCAAUCAAAAAAGGCGGCAACAAUAACAACUCUUUUCCCUUUCUCUCUCUAAAACUCCAAUGUCUGUUCUCUUCUCCAUUGCCUCCUUCCCCAUCUGUUGUGGAGUUUAUUGCUAUGUGUGAAUUUUGCUUUGCAGGUUGUAGUUGGAAAGGGAAGGGUGUUAUUGGCAAUGGAGGAGGAGGAGCCAAGCCAGAUGAAGAGGGCAAUGAUUGAUGCCUCAGCUGGGGCUAUUUCGGGUGGUAUAUCACGGACAGUUACAUCACCCCUUGAUGUUAUUAAGAUUAGGUUCCAGGUUCAACUAGAGCCCACUUCUUCGUGGUCUUUAAUACGCAAGGAUUCGUCUACAACAUCAAAAUAUACUGGCAUAAUUCAAGCAAGCAAAGAUAUUUUUAGAGAAGAAGGCAUUCGGGGUUUUUGGAGGGGCAAUGUGCCAGCUUUGCUCAUGGUUAUGCCAUAUACAGCUAUACAAUUUACUGUUUUACACAAGUUGAAGACUUUAGCCUCUGGUUCUUCCAAAACAGAGAAUCACAUUAAUUUGAGCCCUUAUCUAUCCUAUAUGAGUGGGGCUUUAGCUGGGUGUGCAGCUACUUUAGGGUCAUAUCCCUUUGAUCUUCUCCGAACCAUAUUAGCUUCUCAGGGAGAACCAAAGGUUUAUCCAAACAUGAGGUCAGCAUUCAUUGAUAUUAUCCAAACUCGUGGCUUCCAAGGCUUGUAUGCUGGAUUGUCACCAACACUAGUUGAGAUUAUACCUUAUGCAGGACUACAAUUCGGCACCUAUGAUACAUUUAAACGUUGGACCAUGGCGUGGAACCGUGGUCAAUAUGCAAAUACUGCCACAGAAGAUAGCCUCUCUAGCUUUCAGCUUUUCCUGUGUGGGUUGGCAUCAGGAACAUGUGCCAAGCUUGUCUGUCAUCCCCUUGAUGUGGUCAAGAAAAGAUUUCAGAUUGAAGGUCUACAAAGGCAUCCAAGAUAUGGAGCUCGGGUUGAACAUCGUGCAUACAGAAACAUGUUUGAUGCCUUGAAACGGAUAUUAAAGGCGGAGGGUUGGGCUGGUCUAUAUAAGGGGAUAGUCCCAUCAACUGUUAAAGCUGCACCAGCUAGUGCUGUAACAUUUGUUGCAUAUGAAUUGACAUCAGAUUGGCUUGAGUCUCUUUUGACUUGAUUUUUUACACUUCAGAGAUGGGGGUG